ACAAGCGCAAAUAAAAAAGAAGCAGAAGAAGAAGAAGAAGAAGAAGAAGAAGAAGAAGAAGCCUAGGCCGGUAGUGGAUUGUUACCGCUGCAGGAGGCAGUGACAUGGACACAAACGAGGAGCUGGUCCAAGCAGCCCUCAGUAAAACGCUGCUCAUCCGCCACUUACCAGCUGAGUUGAGCCAGGAAGAGAAGGAGGACCUGCUUAAGUAUUUUGGAGCUGAAUCAGUUAGGGUCUUCUCAAACACAGGAUGUAUGAAACAUGCAGCCUUUGCUACCUUUAAAUGUGAGAAGGCUGCAGUGAAAGCUCUGAGCAGGCUCCACCAGUUAGAGAUUCUUGAUCGUACACUUGUUGUGGAGUUUGCUAAAGGCCAAGAUAAUGUGACAGUAUUAAAGGACCCACCAGUGUCAGACAGUGGUAAAGUGGUUAAAGAGGAGAAGAAAAAAAAGGAAACCAAACCAAAUGUUCCUCUUAUAGAGACUGGCAUAGCACCAAGCCUGGGGUUGACCUUUAAUUCAAAUCCCACCUUGAAAUAUUUAUAUCCUCCACCUACUAACAGCAUCUUGACAAACAUAAUGCACGCCCUCAUGAGUGUGCCAAAGUUUUAUGUUCAGGUACUGCAUCUGAUGAACAAAAUGAAUCUACCAUGUCCCUUUGGCCAACUCACUGCCAGACCCCCCCUGUUUGAGCUUCUGCGUCCGGCACCACCAAUGCCCAUGCCUCCUCCAUUCCCUCCAGACUACCCCCCCCUACCAGAGGAGGAGAUGGAGCUGUCCAGUGAACAGGAGUCCGAGUAUGAGAGUGGUGAUGACGAAGACAAGGAGAGGAUAGUUCGUCUGAUGGGCCUGGUCAACCAAGCAUGCAAGAGACCCUUGAGACCAAAAGCAGCUUCAAAACGAAAGAAGCCCAAGAUCAAGGAUCUACUUUAUGCUCCCAAACCCGACUCUCAGAGCGCUCCUGUGCUGCAGCCCAGUGAUGUUUUUGAGCAGCCGCACGCUGCUGGGCCCAAGAAAAUUGAAUUCCAUAUUUCGGUUCCAGACGUAACGGCCAUAGGAGACGGAAGUGGGCCAGGUCAUGAGGAUCAGUCCGAUGAAGAUGGCGAAGUGGCUGAUGGGGAGCACACGUCCUCCGUCAGUGAGGAGAAGGAGGUCGCUGAAGGCUUUGGGAAGCUCUACCCCAGCAUACAGGCAUCCCAAGAGCCGGGGGAGCGCAGCGACGACGAGGAGGAGCUCUCCUCAGACGUCAUCUCCCGGAAGGAGCUGGAGAAAGGGCGGCUGUCAAGAGACGAGAUGAAAAGGAUGUCUGUGUUUAAGAACUAUGAACCAGGUGAACCAACCUGCAGACUGUAUGUGAAGAAUAUUGCAAAGCAAGUGGAGGAGAAAGACCUGAAGUACAUAUACGGGAGAUAUAUCAACCCUUCGUCGGAGGCUGAGAGGAACAUGUUUGACGUUGUAUUAAUGAAGGAGGGGCGCAUGAAAGGCCAGGCCUUCGUUGGUCUCCCCAGUGAGCAGAGUGCAGAAAAAGCUCGGCGGGAAACCAAUGGAUACGUUCUGUCAGACAAACCCCUCGUUGUGCAAUUUGCCAGAUCUGCAAGACCAAAACAAGACGGCACAGACGGCAAGAAAGGUCCAAAGCAACGGUGAAGGCAACAGUCACGAUACCAAGACUUGAUAUUGUGGCCCAACAGAACCAUUUGUAUCCUUAUACUGACAUAUCCUUUGGAAAAUAGUUGGAGAGUUGGCAUUUAAAGCGGCCUGCAUGCUCGUCCACAUUUAAAUAAAUUGUACGUUAUGUUAAAUCCCAUUUUAGAUGUGACCUUUGUUUUACAUUGUCCGUUUCCUGUGUGAUUGAAUUUCAGGGUUUGGUCGUCGGAUGUCGUCAUUUUCUUCUGUUAAAUAAAUGUUUUUAUAAUUAAA